CCGCUCCUUGUUUCCAGGAGCCGGUGUCUGAGGCGUUGGUGUGUUCUCAGUUGAACCAGUGUAAAUAGCCAAUUUUAAUCAUCUGUUUACAAAUAUUACGGAAAACGUGCUAGUUAUUUCGAGCCAGCUCAUUUUAUCACGCCGGGGUUUUAUGGCUUUAUCGUUCUGAACCACAGGCGGAUUGUCUUCUCUCUGGAUUAAAGGAUCCCUGCCGCAUUUUUGUUCCUGCAACGUGGACUUACAGCCCUGCAGAUUGUUGUGCUGCCGGAUUGUAUAUAUUUUAUUUUACCGGGAACAGACUUCGUUAACCUGUUGUGGAUUUCGUAAAAGGGAUGCUGCUGUCUAAGCUGAAUUCUUUGGCCCACAUCUCCACCGUAGAUAUGCCAGCGAAAAUCCAGCAUCAAGUUCAACAAGCCAAGGAGAGGGAGCCCUUUGAGAAGCUUUACCAGGUCGGUGCCGUGCUGGGAAGCGGCGGCUUCGGCACCGUCUACUCCGGUACGAGAAUAUCCGACGGAGCUCCGGUUGCUGUCAAACAUGUAGCCAAGGACAGAGUCUCGGAGUGGGGAGAGCUGGCCAGUGGUCACCGGGUUCCUAUGGAGAUUGUGCUUUUAAAGAAGGUCGGGACGGGUUUCCGCGGCGUUAUCAAGAUGCUGGACUGGUUCGAGCGGCCAGACAGCUUCAUCAUCGUCAUGGAGAGACCUGAAAACGUCAAAGACCUGUUUGACUUCAUCACCGAAAAAGGUGCCUUACCGGAGGAGCUCGCGCGGAACUUUUUCCGCCAGGUGCUGGAGGCCGUGCGGCACUGCCACAACUGCGGCGUGGUGCACCGGGACAUCAAAGACGAGAACAUCCUCAUCGACCUCCGCACCGCAGAGAUGAAGCUCAUCGACUUUGGCUCCGGAGCCCUGUUGAAAGACACCGUUUACACAGACUUUGAUGGCACAAGAGUAUACAGUCCACCGGAGUGGAUCAAAUACCGUCGCUAUCAUGGGCGGUGUGCCACAGUUUGGACCCUGGGUGUGUUGCUGUAUGACAUGGUGUGUGGGGACAUCCCUUUUGAACAUGAUGAGGAGAUCAUAAGGGGACAAGUUCUCUUCCGGCGGAGAAUCUCAGCAGAAUGCCAGCAGCUGAUCAAGUGGUGUCUGUCUCUGAGACCGGCCGACCGUCCAUCUUUUGAGGACAUCAUCAACCACUCAUGGAUGCAGAGCACGCCCUCCUCUGUAGUGCCGUCCACAGUGCAGACAGAAAAAACGACCACAGAGAUCAGGCUGCACAGCAUCAGUCACGAGGCCACCACCUUCGCACCCAUCACUGUGGCCCGGUGAUGGAGGCAAACAGAUUUGAACUGGACUGCACUGACACUAAGAGUCUAUUACAAAAGACUUGUGUAACAGACUUGAAGCAGAGAGGGAGAAGGGUUGCCAUGGCAAAGUGUAAAGGACUACACGCAGAGGCAAUCACAGACCAUCGUCCUGUGGUUUCCUCCUGGCUGGCCAGACCCUCCUCCACCCACGGCUACCUGAUUUCCCCAGCUGUUGAUUCACAUCAGUGUCACAACAUCACCCUUACUGGACUCUGAUCAUCAGUCUGCAGGAGGGCAUGUUCUGUAUGCAUGGACACCUGCGCUGGGAAAAGGGAGCACAUGUGCUGGUGGUCCUGCUUAACAGCAAGGGGACAGUAUGAGUUAUGUAACCUCUCACUGCACCAUACUCUGCUCCUCAAGCUCUCUUUGUCAAAACAGAGAGAGGAAGAGCAGAGGCGCUGUCAAAGAGAAAAGAGCUUGAUUUUUCUUUUUUUCUUUCUUUUUUUUAACAAGUGCCUUCUGUUAGAUUGUUGUGGGGAACCUGAAAAUACUUGAAUAUAAGAAAGCAAAAAGGCAACAACCUUUUUGUUCCUUAUUCUGUAUAAGGCUUUAUAUUGUUUGUUGCUGUUUGUUUUUCCUCUCAUGGGCCUAGAUCAGUAAAGCCUAUGCCAUUUACAACCACUACUAUCACCACUACUACUACUCCAAUAGCAACCAGACAACCAACCUCAUAGCUCUGGCAGCAACCUGUGCAAACAAGUCAUUAGCAAGACUAUUACUGGACUUACCUCACUCUUUACUUCAUUAUUCUCUGCUCUACAACCUCUGCUUCCUCCUCUUCCAGUGUUGUAUUGUAUACAAACACUUGGCUUAGACAAGCGCUUAUACACAUUCACCUGAAUGCACAACAAUGCAAACUUUCAUACCGAGAUACAACAUCCUCUGCUCUUUUUUUAUUUUAAACAGUGCCUCACACAGGUCUUAAAUUAAGUGGGGACAAGAGUUGUAAAUAAGAAAUAUAUUUAUUAUUGCUGUGACUCCUCUCUCACACACAAUGAGCUGUUUGUCGCAGAAUUUAUUUAUUUAUGAGAGAAUUUCGGCUGUUUAUGAGUUUAUAUAUUUCAUUCCACAGUCACUGAAGGGCCCACACAUUAUUUAAAAGAAAAGCAAAGAUGGAUUUUUUUUUCCUUUUUGACCAUAUUUAUGGCUUGACAUUUUGAAAGAGCAGAUCUGUGUAUGUAUGUUUGUGUAUGUCUUGUAAAUAAAAUGUAAAUAAUCCCAAAAGCACUUCCAUAUUAAUGUAAGUAAAACGUCUACUGAUGGUAACUGGUGUUGUUACGCUGUUUGAAUGUUCUGUGUGUGUGAAAGAGAGAUUGAGAAGUUUACCUUGCUGCCUGAUUGCAGCUUGGAGCUUUUUUUUUUUUUUUUUUUUUCAUCAAAUUAGAAUUGUAAAGUACAUUAGAAACUAUUUUUAUACUAUUUCAAUAAAUAUUUUUUUAACUGUGA